AUGAGUGUGCCCAAGAGCAUCCAGUCACAUAAGCAUAUUUGUUUAUUGGCUUGGAGAAUAGAUCAUGUUACAGUCAGCAUUGAACCACCCAUGUUGGAAUGUGGAAAAGCACAAACAGACCAGAAUGAAAUGAGUCCGAAAAGGAAGUAUCCCAACUGCAAUUGCCACCAGGUUCAAAUCAGAACUCAAUUGCUAACAAAACAUGUUAUCAGCAUUGUUUCAUGUUCCUUUUAUACAUGCUAUAUUGAACAUUAUCUGAAGAAAAGGAAAUUCAGUUUGUGGGUCUCAGCAGGAGCUCAGCUAACGCAGCUUAAAAAAAUGCCGAGAAGGAAGCGCUUAUCUGCAGGCAGAGCGCCCAUGAUUCUCUUCCUGUGCCAGAUGAUUAGCGCACUGGAUGUACCUCUUGAUCCUGAGCCACCACGAAUACUUACAUCUGCAAAUACACUCUAUCAGGUCAUUGCAGACAGGCCUGCUCUUCUGGAUUGUGCCUUCUUUGGGUCUCCUCUGCCGACCAUUGAGUGGUUCAAGGGAGCUAAAGGUAGUGCCCUUCGUGAAGAUAUUUAUGUUUUGCAUGAAAAUGGCACUUUGGAAAUUCCUGUGGCCCAAAAGGACAGUACGGGAACUUAUACAUGUGUUGCAAGGAAUAAAUUAGGAAUGGCAAAGAAUGAAGUUCACUUAGAAAUCAAAGAUGCAACAAGGAUCAUUAAACAGCCCGAAUAUGCAGUCAUGCAAAGAGGGGGCACCGUGUCCUUCGAAUGCAAAGUGAAACAUGAUCACACCUUAAUCCCCACCAUCACAUGGCUGAAGGACAACGGUGAGCUGCCCAGUGACGGAAGGUUCACUGUGGACAAGGACCAUUUGGUGGUGGCUGAUGUAAGGGAUGAUGAUGGUGGGACCUACACGUGUGUGGCCAACACAACUCUGGACAACGUUUCUGCCAGUGCUGUGCUGAGCGUUGUUGCUCCUACUCCAACUCCAGCUCCUAUUUACGAUGUCCCAAAUCCUCCCUUUGAUUUAGAAUUGACGGAUCAACUCGACAAAAGUGUUCAGCUGUCGUGGACGCCAGGCAAUGACAACAACAGCCCUAUUACAAAAUUCAUCAUUGAAUAUGAAGAUGCAAUGCACGAGGCAGGGCUGUGGCACCUCCAAACCGAGGUUUCUGGAAUGCAGACCACAGCCCAGCUGAAGCUGUCGCCUUACGUGAACUACUCCUUCAGAGUGAUGGCCGUGAACAGCCUCGGGAGGAGCUUGCCCAGUGAGGCAUCUGAACAGUAUUUGACUAAAGCCGCAGAACCUGAUACAAAUCCCACAGCUGUGGAAGGACUGGGAUCAGAGCCUGAUAAUUUGGUGAUUACCUGGAAGCCCUUGAAUGGUUUCGAAUCUAACGGGCCAGGCCUUCAGUACAAAGUGAGCUGGCGCCAGAAAGAUGGCGACGAUGAAUGGACGUCUGUGGUGGUGGCAAAUGUAUCCAAAUAUAUUGUCUCGGGCACACCGACCUUCGUUCCAUACCUGAUAAAAGUGCAGGCCCUGAAUGACGUGGGGUUUGCUCCAGAGCCAGCCGUGGUCAUGGGGCAUUCUGGAGAAGACCUCCCAAUGGUGGCUCCCGGAAAUGUGCACGUGAACGUGGUGAACAGUACCUUAGCUGAGGUGCACUGGGACCCCGUACCUCUGAAAAGUAUCCGAGGACACCUGCAAGGCUAUCGGAUUUACUACUGGAAGGCGCAGAGUUCGUCUAAGAGAAACAGACGCCACCUUGAGAAGAAGAUCCUCACUUUCCAGGGCAGCAAGACUCACGGCAUGCUGCCUGGGCUGGAGCCCUUCAGCCACUACACGCUGAACGUCCGCGUGGUCAACGGGAAAGGGGAGGGCCCGGCCAGCCCCGACAGAGUCUUUAAUACUCCAGAAGGAGUCCCCAGUGCUCCAUCCUCUUUGAAGAUUGUUAACCCAACUCUAGACUCCCUCACUCUGGAAUGGGACCCACCGAGCCGCCCGAAUGGCAUUUUGACUGAAUACACCUUAAAGUAUCAGCCAAUUAACAGCACCCAUGAAUUAGGCCCACUGGUGGAUCUGAAAAUUCCUGCCAACAAGACACGCUGGACUUUAAAAAAUUUAAAUUUCAGCACGCGGUAUAAGUUUUAUUUCUAUGCACAAACAGCAGCAGGAUCCGGAAGUCAAAUAACAGAGGAGGCGGUGACAACUGUGGAUGAAGCUGGUAUUCCUCCACCUGAUGUAGGUGCAGGCAAAGGUAAAAUCAUUCAUCUGCAUGACUUUAUACAUGUGUGAAAUUUGCAAUGUUAA